AUGAACAAGAAAAGAAUAAUUUUUUAUUUUUUGUCCUUUUUUAUUUUUCUUGUGUCUGUUUUAUACUAUGAUAAUAUUAAGAGUGUGUUAAAUACAAGAACAAAAAAAAAGAAGAAAAAAAAAAUUUGUAAAACCAAUUUUUUGGGUUCUGAAGAAAUAAUAUCAUCAGUGAGGGAUGGUAAUGAGAGAGAUAAGGAGAAUUAUUUGUUUACAAUUGAAAGAUUGAUAAAAGAGAGAAAAUAUAUAUGUAUAAAUAAAUAUAAAAGAAAUAAUAAAUUAAAAUGGGUUUAUAAAAUUACAUAUGAUAAGACAAAAAAUAUAUGUGAUGAUUAUAAUAUUUUGUAUAAUUGUAUAAAAGAAAUGAUUUAUGAUAGAAAUAAAAAAAAUCGUUUUGAAUAUUUGUGGUUGAAUUUUUUUUAUAUAAAUAAAUAUAUAUUUAAUUUAUACUAUUAUAUGUUUGAUAAUACAAUAAAGAUAAAAAAGAAAAUCCAUUGGCUUAAAGAAAAAAUUAACAUUAUAAGUAGUAAUAAUAAUAAUAUUAUUACAAGUAGUGGUAAUAUAUUUUGUGUUCAUAAAUUAUUUUUCUUUAAUAAUGAUCUAGAGUACGAGGAAGAGAAAAAGAAACAAAAUGAUAUAAUAAAAAUGAAUAUAAAAUUACAUAAUAAUACAAGAAAAUUAUCUGUAAGUGAAGAAAAUGUGGAAUUAAAACCAUAUGUAAAACAAGGAGAAAGGAAUGAAACGGUUGUAAAUUUAUAUGAAUAUUUUACAGGUGGUGUAAAGAGAUCAAAUGAUAAUAACGAGAUUGUUAUAACAUCAACUGAACAAUUUCAUCGUAUUGUUAUAAUAUGUUUUAAACCAACAGUUAAACAUUCUCAUAUAAUAGCUAGUCCACAUGAUGCUUUAAAUCAUAUAGUAGAAGAGAAUGAUAAAAUAAAAUUAUCAGAAGAAAUAUAUGCUAUUCCAUUUUAUCCAGUAUAUGGUAAUUUAGGUUUAAAAAAUGUAAUAACAACAGGAAUUGUUGAAUUUAUGAUUCCAUAUUUUUCUAGAACCCAAAUGAAUUUUACAGUUACCUGUGCAAAUGGUGAAAUAGAUAAUUUAUAUAAAUUUGAAGAUUUAAUAAAAAUAAGAAUACGUAUUCCUCGAAAUACUAAAAAGAUAUUAGGAAUAAGUACAAAUGAAAAAGACAAAACAGUAUUUGAAAGGAUUGUAGAUAAUACAUCAGAUGAAUAUCGAUUUAAAAGUUAUAAUAAUAAAAUAGUAGGAAUAAAAUUAGAAAAUUCGAUUUUAGAUCCUCCUGGAUGUUUUAAAACUGUUUAUGAAGAUAAUAAAAUAAUACAACUAGAAGUAUUCUUACAAUAUGUAAAAUGCAUAAAUCUAGAUAGAGAUAAUUAUAAAAUACGUUUUUUUUUUCUUCCUGAAGAUUUUGGAGAUGAAGAAAUAGAAUUUAGUUGUAAAUUUACAUAUAAAAAAAAAACUAGAAAAAUAAUAUUUGGACUAGGAGAAACAAAUGUAGAUAAAGAUAUAUUUUAUUUAGAAGAUGAACAUGUGAAAUUAAAUAUUGAUGAAGAUGUAAGUGGAGAUAAAGAAUUUUAUAGUCAUCUGAAUUAUAAUGGUAUACCAUAUAAUAUAUGUAAUUUUGAAUAUAAAUCUGAAUAUGAUUCACAAGUAUGUGAAAGAACUAUACAUGAAUUUACUUUAUUUAUUUAUAAUUGUAAUAAUGUUGUAGGCACACAAAUACAAUCAACUGAACCUAUAACAACUAUUAAAUAUUUAAAUGCUACUUAUCCAAUUAAUAAAUUUAGUGAUAUCACAUUAUUAAGUAAAGAUAUAGAUAUAGAAGGAUUAGAAGAACAAUUUCGUAAUUCUAAAUUUUUUUUAACUUCAUAUAUAAAUCAUGGUCCAUUUCCAUUAAUAAUAGAAUGUGUUAUAUCUAAUUCUAAUAAUGAUCAUCAAAAUGUAUAUAUUCUUUUACAUCUAAGAACAAGUAUAAAGAAUAGAACUGUAUCCUUUUGCGAUUUUGAAAAAGUAAAUGGAUAUAAUUAUUUAAAUAAUUAUAUUGAUGGAGAUAUAUGUAAUAUAAAUAUUACAUCUAAUUCAGUUUUUGGUUUUAAAUGUCCAUCGAAUAGUAUAAAAGAACCUAAAAAUUGUUUUUCACAAGUAUAUAUAGAUAAAAAAGUAUAUAAAUUAAAUGAUAAAUUAUCAAAUAAAUUAAUAUUAUAUUCUAUGAAACAAGAAGAUCUAGCAAUAGCUGGUUUUAAUAAUUAUAUAUCAAAUUCUUUCUCAUUUGAAUGUUAUUGUGUAGAUAAAAAUCAAACAUAUUCUUCUUAUCAAAGUACAUCAGGACAAGAUAUAUUAAAUCAUAUUGUAAAAAGAAUACAUGUUAAUUAUAAAAAUUAUGAUGAAUUAUAUGAUUAUAAUAUACAUGAUAAAAUUAUUCAUGAACCUAUAAUAAUAAAACAAAAUACAUCUAUAACAUAUAUAUGUGAUUUUGUAAAUAAACAACAAGUAUUACAACCUUUAAAUAAUAAAACCAAAAAUUAUAUAUGUACUAUAUGGUAUCCAACACCUUUAAAUUAUAUAGCAUUAGCAUGUCCAAAUAAUUUAAGAGAUGAAAAAAAUGAUCAAACAAUUUCUGAGGUAUAUAAUUCUUUACAAAAAGAUAUAUUAAAACCAACUGGAAAACAACAAGAAAUUGAUGAAAAAAAAAAAAAACUAAAUAUUUUAUUUAGUAAAAGAAAUAUAUAUUCUGAUUUAUAUCACUUACCAAAAGAUGCACCUAAACGUACUAUUAAUAAAAAUGGAUUAAAUAUUAUAAAUAUAGAUGAAAUCAUACCAGGAAUAUUAAUAAAAGACAUAAUUAAUUUUAAUCUUGAAGAUACAAUAAAACCUGAUGUAUUAUUAACAUCUAAGAGUUCCUUACACAAAAGAUAUAAUACAUACAAAUCAUAUAAUUUAUCUACAAUAAAUAACUCAUCACAUAUGUUAGAGAAACCAUCUAUUAUAUAUUAUACACCUUUUUCAUCCACAUCUUAUGAUAGAUCUACAAGAGCAAUGUCUCCAUUAACAAAAUCUGAAGUUGAAGAGACACAAGUUGAUAUGAAUAUGUAUAAACAAUAUUUAAGAAAACGAAAUAGUAUAGAAAAUGGAUUUUUUAUAUUUCAAUUACCUCCAUAUUUAAAAAAAAAUCAGACGAUAGAAUUUGCAUGCAUUAAUGAUAGUAGUAUAAAAAAUAAAAAUGUUGGAAACAACGGUAUUAUGACUAUACAUUUAAAAUCUUUUGGAAAUCCAAUAGAUGGUUGUUAUUUUUAUAAAAAUAAUGCAAAAUAUAAUUAUUUAAAAAAGAGUAUAAAAAUUGAUGAUCCAAAAAAAGAAGAAUGUAAUAUAAAAAGUGAUGGAGAAAUUGAAUUUGUAGGUAUUAUGUGUCCAUAUGAAAAUAAUUUAUAUUUAACACCUUCAAAAUGUUUUAUGAAUACAUAUGAUAAUAUGGAUUCAUUAGUUGAUAUAUUAGAUAUUAAUAAAAACUUUGAAUAUUAUUCAAAUGAUAAAGGUAUAUCUUAUUUAAAAAUUCCUCAAGAAUUUUUUAAACAUGUACAUUUAUUUUGUUAUUGUAAUACUGAUAAAGAUAGUGAAAUAAAUAAUGUUCUUAAGAAAAAAGAAAAUAAAAUAAGUUUAGAAUUAAAUUAUUCAAAUAAAGGUUUUGAUAUUAUAAAAACUAUUGAUUACCAAUUUGAAUCUGAUAUACUUAUAGGAUAUUCUUAUCAUUUUAAAAGAAUAACACCUAUAUAUAGAAAAAAACAUAUAUGUGAUUUUACUACAGAAGAUAAUUCAUUAGAACCAGAAAGUUAUGAUAAAAUAAUAUAUUCAUGUUAUUUAUCAUUAGAAGAUAAUUUAAAUUUUGUUGAAGUAAAGUGUCCAAAAAAUAAAAAGAUUUCUAAUUCAGAAUGGUUAUUUAAAUAUGGUACAUUUGAUAAAUCAUCUGAAUUAAUUGAAGAUGAUGAAAAUAUAAAAAAAUAUGAACAUAUGAAAUAUAUGCCAGAAGAUAAAGAUGAAAUAAUAUAUUUAUUUAAAAAACAAAAACUAGAAGAUAUAUUACCAGGAGUUAUUAUAUUUGAUAAAAAUAGAUAUUUUUAUGAAAAAGGAAAUUUUUCUUUUGUUACUCCUUUAAUUGUAAAAGAAGAUAUUACUAUUAAAUUAUUAUGUGAUAACUCAGAAACAAUAAUUGAAAAUAAAAUAGGAAAGAAAGGUAUUAUUCUUAUUAAAAUACCACAACAUAUUACAGACAAGAAAUUUUAUGGUUGUGAUUUUUCAGGUGAUUUAAAUAAAAAAAAAACAUCAUUUUAUUAUUCAUCUAUUUAUGAUUUAAAAACACAGAAUCAAUAUUGUGAAAUCAAAUUAAAAGAAAAUAUUAUUAUAAGUUUAAAUUGUCCUAAUGGUAAUAUUAAUCCAAAUAAUUGUUUUAAUAAUGUUUUUUUAAAAACUAAUAUGAAUGAACAAAUAACUGAAGGAAUACAAAAUAUAUUUGAUCAAGUUAAAGUUAUUAAUACAAAAUCACAUGUUUUAUUAAAUAGUUCGUCAACAUUUUUAAUUAUAUCUAAAAUUACAAAAAAAGAAUUAAAUUUUUUUUGUACAUGUCAUCAUCAUGAAACCAAAAAUAUUGGAACUAUUCAUAUAAAAAAUGAAGAUAUUAUUAAUUUUUCUAAGGCAUAUAAAGAAUCAAGUAUAUUACAAUAUAUAGAUGUUACACCAUAUUAUUUAAAAGAUACUUAUAUAUGUGAUUUCACACAUAAUCAUUAUGAUAUAUCAUUUGAUACAUCUGUUAAUAUACAAAAUAUAUUAGAAAGAUAUUUAAAAGUCUUAUCAGAUUUUUAUAAUACACAUGAAGAAUUUACAUACUUUAGUAUUCAUUUAAAACUAAGAAAAGAAAUUAUGAAAAACAAAUAUAUAGAUUAUUUAAAAAAAAUAAUUAAUGAAUAUAAACAAAAAGAAACUUCUGAAAAAAUUAAAAAAUUAACACUCUCAGCAAAUGAUAAUAUAAAUACUAUAUUAGUAUAUAGAUGUAAUAUAGAUCUAGGUUCAUUUGAUAAAUUUAAAAUUAAAUGCCCAUCAAAAAUUACUGAAGAUACAGAUAAUCACCAAUUAUUUCAAAAUUUAAUAUAUAGUUCUAAUUUAGGAUUAAAUGAAACAGAUAUGUUAAAUGGAUUAAAUAAAUUAUUAUAUGGUUCUGUUUUAAUAAAUAAAAAAGAAAAAAAUGUUUCCUUCUUUGAAAAAGGAGAAUUAGAAUUAAUUAUUUCUCCUUAUGCUGAUUCAUCUAAAAAUAUAAUUUUCUCAUGUGAAAAUGUUCCUAGAAAUUUAUCAAAAGGAAUUAUAGGUUCUGCAUCUAUUUUUAUUAAAAAAAAUGAUAAUAAAAUUUUAGGUUGUGAUUUUAUAGACACAACAACAGUUGAUUCAACACAUAUGGAAUCAACUACUUCAUAUUAUGGAUCACAUACAUCAUCUUCUUUAUCAUCAUCUCAUGAUGUAUUACAUGAUGUUAAUGAAUCUAAUGAUUUACAUAGGAUGAACCAUAUAAACACCAAAAAAAAUUCGUUCGAAUUCGAAAUAGAAUUAGUGGAAGGAAAAAAUACAUAUUGUAAUAUCGAAGCUAUAGAAAAUGAUAUUAUUGGUUUUAGUUGCCCAUACAAUUUUCUUACAACUCCAAGUGAUUGUUUUGAAUCUGUACAGAUUGAAGGAGUUGAUAAAGAAUUAGAAACACAUAAAUUAGAGAAAUUAUUAAAAGGAGUGAAAAUAUUAAAUAAUGAUAUAUAUAAAUAUAAUUUCACACCUUCAUAUAUUAUUUUGCCAAAAAAAAUUAAAAAAUCACUAAAAAUUUUUUGUAGAUGUAAUUCUGUAAAAUUAAUAAAGACAGGAAUUAUUCAAAUUAAUAUAAUUGGAGAUGAUCUAAAUAAUUGGUUUAAAAAAGAAAUUACACAUAAUAUAUUUGCAUAUCAAAAAAUGAAUUAUUUUUAUGAUUUUUCUGAAGGACCAAUAAAUAUAAGUUCUGAAAAUGUGCUUGGAAUAUCUACAAUGUCUCUUAUGUCUUCAAAAAAAAAGGAAAAGAACAAACAGGUGAUACAUAAAAGAGGUUAUAAGGAAAUAAAGAAGGGUGGUAAAAAUGAAAAUUAUAAUGACGAUAAAAAUGAAAAUUAUAAUGACGAUAAAAAUGAAAAUUAUAAUGACGAUAAAAAUGAAAAUUAUAAUGACGAUAAAAAUGAAAAUUAUAAUGACAAUAAAAAUGAAAAUUAUAAUGACAAUAAAAAUGAAAAUUAUAAUGACCAUAUGUCUGUUAUUACUUUAUCGUCAACUGGUGAGGAUGAUGAAGAUUCAUUGGAUGAAGGUGACGAAGAAUAUGAUGAAGGAGAUUCUGUGGAUGAUGUAGAUGAUGAAGGUGAUGACGACUUUGAUGAUGAAGACAAUAAUAUUCUGAACCCACUUCGAACUAAACAAGUAUAUGACAUAACCGUUGCUGCUUCUGAAUUUAGUAAAGUCCAAGUUGUAUGCCCUUUAAGAAAUUCUUCUCAGUUUAGACAAUCAAAAAUUAGUCCUGAGAAUUUUUUUGAGUAUGUAUAUGUAUUAGAAGAUAAUAAUGAUAAGAAAAGAAAGAGAAGUAAAGAACAAAAUGAAAAAUUAGUGAGAGCAAUACUUGAAGGAAAAAAGGAUUUAGUUGAUGGACCUUUUACAAAUAUAGAUGAUAGAUAUAAUAAGAAAAGUUCAAAAAAUGCAACAGUAGAAUAUGAUGAUAUGGGUAAUAAAAUAUUUAUAUCUAUAAAAUCUGAAAAACCUAAAGCUGUUAUAGGAGAUAUUAUAUCAUCUAAUAGUUCACCUAUACAUAUAUCAAAUAAUAUUAUAAAUAGCUCAUCUCAAAGUAAUAUUCAUAAUGAAAAUAUAAGUUCAGAUAAUAUGACAUCAGAAUAUGAACAAUAUAAUAGUUAUUUAAAAGAUAUAUUAGUUAUAAAAAAUAUUAAUGAAGUAAUAUCUUAUGCAAAUAUAAAAAUAGAAAUAAAUGAACAAACAUAUUCAAGUUCAUUACAUAUACCACCUCUAAUAUUAAAAGAUGCAGAAUUUUUAAUUUCAUGUGAUAAUUCAUUAACAUUAAAUGAAAGUACAAGAGGAAAAACAGCAACUGUUAAAAUAAAAGUUAAAUCCAAUUUUUUAAAAAUUUUUGGAUGUGAUUUUGUAGGAGAUUUUUCAACUCAUUUCUUAAUUAGUAAUAAAUGGAAUGAUAUACCAAAAAAUUUUAUAUGUAAAAUUAAUAUACAAGAUGAUAUGUUAAUAGGUUUAGCUUGUCCAAGUUUCACAAAUUUACAUCCACCAGAUUGUUUUGAAAAUGUUAUGGUAAAACAAAAUGUUUAUAAAAAAAAUAUUCUCAUGGAAACAAAAAAUAUAUUCUUCUAUAAACAAAAUGAUAAACCUAUCUUAUCAUUUAUACAUGUCAAAAAAAUAUUAGUUGAAACAUUUUUAUGUAAAUGUUAUCAAGCUACUAAUACAGAUUAUAAAGAAGUUACUAUGCAAAUUUUUUAUGAACCUUAUGUCAUGGGGACACCUAAAUAUACACUAGAAAAAUCUAUCAUACAAUAUAAAUAUGCCGAUUUAAAACCACCACUACACAUAUAA